AUGAAUAUUUUAUUAUUUCAAAUUUUAUUCCUUCUAUUUAAUAUAUUAACUAUUAAAUCAUCAUCACUUGAAUGUACUGAUAAACAAUACUCGGAACUUAAUAAAAUAUUUGAAAAUAUUCAAGUAUUACAAAAAGUAGCAAUAAUAGCACCAUUGGGAACAUACUAUCUUUAUACAUCUUUUACUGAUAAUGAGGAUGAUUUAACACCACUUCUUCAACAAAAUGGUCAAAAAAUUGUUAUACAUUCUUCACUUACAGCAAAUAAUAUUGAAUGGCAUUCUAUGAAUGUUCUUGUUAAAAGAAUUAAGAUUGUUCCAAUAUUUGAAGGUAGUAUGAUUAUAAAAUAUCAUACACCACAAUUAUUAAUAAAUUCAUGUGAUUAUGAUACAAAAAUAAUUUAUGUAGAUGAUCAAUAUUUUAAUGUUGAUUCAUAUAAUGCGGGUUUAGUAUCAAUGUAUGAAAAUGAAUUAAUUAUUAAUUUUAAAACAUUUGAAAAUGGUAUAUUUUUCUUUUCGGUUGCUGAUCAAGGUGAUAUGUUAAUAGCACAAAUUAUUAAUGGUCAUAUUGAGGUAAUAUUUGAUUUUGGUUCAUCAUCAAAAACAACAAUAUCUGGUGGUAUUGCAUUAAAUGAUGGUCAAUGGCAUGAACUUAAAUGGAUUCAUCAAUUUGAUUCUGUUAAAUUAUUGGUUGAUGGUAUUUUAUUAAAUGAAACAACACCUGCUGGUUUAUAUCGUAAAUUAGAUUUUAAUUAUGAAAUUGAAAUAGGUGGAAGACCAAGUGAUCAAUAUAGUGAUGAUAUUCAAUCAUCUUAUCAUGGUUGUUUAGGAAGAGUUUAUCUUAAUAAUAUUGAUUUAUUAUCAUAUGCACCAAAAGAUAAAUAUACAAAAUGUUAUAUGCCAAAACCUCAAAUUUUAACAAUAUUAAAUGAAAAAUCAAGUAUAUUUGUACCAUAUUCUUUUAUGCCAUUUAAUUUUGAAUUUAGAAUUAUAAAACAAAGUGGUAAUUUAUUACAAAUUCUUAAUAGUAAUAAAGAUACAUUAUUAAAUUUAUCUAUUGAAAAAAAUAAUAGUUUAUUUUUAUUAGCAGAAAAACAUGGUAUACGACAAGAAUAUAUAUCACCUAUAUCAAUAUUAGAUGGUUCAUGGCAUUCAUUAUCAUUAAAAAUGAGAGGUGGUAGAUUAAAUGUUGAAUUAAAUGGUUUAAUUGUUUUAUGGUUAGAAGGUUCAUUUGUAAGAAAUUUAGGUUUAACAAUGACAGCAUUUAAUAUUUCAACAAUUGGAUGUUUUCGUUCAGCUUCUGUUGACUUAAAAAAUGCUCUUAUAUUUGGUGAUGUUAUUAAAAAUAAAUGUACAUAUAUUAAUAAAUGUCAACCAAAUCCAUGUGAAAAUAAUAGUAAAUGUGAACAAUUACAACUUGAUAUAUUUAAAUGUUCAUGUUCAAAUUAUUAUUCAGGAAAAUAUUGUCAUACAUCAAUGUUACCAUAUUCAUGUGAAGAUUAUAUACAAAGAAUAUAUUUACAAAAUAAAAAAAGUAAAGGAAUAUUUUCUGGUUUUAAAAAUAAAAUAAAAUAUGAUACUAAUAUAACAAUUGAUAUUGAUGGUAGUGGACCAUUAUUACCAUUUCAAGUUCAAUGUAUUUAUUCAAAUAAAAGUUAUCCUGAGUUAUCAGAUAAUAUUGAUACAAUACUUCAUCAUGAUAUGCCAUAUGGUAUGUAUGUAACAGGUUCUACAGAACCAGGAUCUGUACGUAAAACACUUAAUUAUGGUAUAACAGAAGAUACAUUAGAAAGAUUUAUAGAUAGUUUUGGUUUAUGUAAACAAUAUAUGAGUUAUCAAUGUCGUGGAGGAAGUAAAUUAAUGACAUAUGGUAAUGAAAGAAGACCAUCAUCAUGGUAUGCAACAAGAAAUGGUCAACAAGGUUUACAAUGGGCAAAUGCACCACCAUAUUCAAGAGUAUGUGAAUGUACAAUAAAUGGUACAUGUAAUUAUAAUAGAAUGUGUAAUUGUGAUACAGGAAGAGAUGGUAUUGAUGAUGGUUAUAAUACACAUCCACAACUUUUACCUGUAAUGCAAUUAUUUAUUGGUGGUACACAUAGAGCAAGUAGUGUUAAUGUAACAAUUGGUUCAUUAAUUUGUACACAAAAAAAUGUUUUUGAUGUUGUUACAUUUAAUGAUAGAAAUCAAAGAAUGGUUGGAAGUCAAUUAUUUAAUGGACAUAUUUUUGAUUUAUAUAUACAAGUUAGAUUUUCACAUUCAUUAAUGACAAUAUUUACUUGGGAAAGUAAAAAUUCUGAAAGAUGGUUUCAAUUAUUUGUAAGAGAAGGAUAUUUAGUGGCACAAAUUGUUAAUGGUGGACGUAGUCAAGAAAUUCAAAGUGGAUUAAAAAUUAAUGAUAAUAAAUGGCAUACAGUUUAUUGGGAAGCUGAUGCAUUAACAAUGAAAUUAGUUAUUGAUAAAGAAGAAAGUGUCGCAACUAUGUAUAAUAUAUUACCAUGGACAUAUAAUUAUAUUAUUGGUUCAAGAACAGAAAGAGGUUUUUCUGGAUAUGCAGGACAAUUAAGAAAUUUUUAUUUAUGUGGUAAAGAAAUUAAUUUAGGAUUAUUAGCAAGAAAACAUCAUAAUAUUAAAGGUAUUAAAGCUGGUCAUGAUGGGUAUUGUAAACCACAUUAUUGUAAAAAUGGUGGUAUAUGUAUUGAAAUGUAUGAUAAUUAUAAAUGUAAUUGUACAUUAUCACCAUUUGAUGGUGAUAGAUGUGAUGAAGAAAGAAGUAUAUUUGUUCCAUUAAAAUCAGAAUUAUCAAUACCAUGGCAACAUCCAACACAAAUAUCAAAUUGUUUUAGAAUAGCUAUUCAAACAUCAUCAUCAAAUGUUUCAUUAAUAAGAGCUAAAGCAUUAUUUGCUGAAUCUGUAUUUAAUCUUUCUAUAACAGAUAAAGGUUAUCUUAAUAUAUCAAUGUAUGAUGGUUUUUUCUUUCAUCAUCAAAUUAUUGAUAAUUCUGUUAAUAUGAGUGAUCAAACAAUUAAUGAUAUAACAUUUUGUGCAACUAAAAAAAAUUUUGAAUUAAAAAUUGGAAAUAGAAUAAGUGCACAAUUAACAGGAAAUUUUUCAUUUUUUACAAAUUUAAAUGUUUGGCAAUUUAUUGAUAAUAAUUUUACAGGUUGUAUCUCAAGAUUACAAAUUGGUAAUUCAUUUCCAUUAAGAGAUCCUAAAGGUUCACGUUUAACUUAUUCAUCAAAUGUUAAAUUUGAUGUAUGUCCACAAGAAAAAUUAUUAUAUAAAAAAGUUGAAUUAUUUGAUAAUAGUAAAAAAACUGACAUAUAUGUAUCUGUUGUCACAGAAAAUCAUAAAAAAUUAUUAAUUUUAACUCCAAUUAUUGGAAUAUCAAUUGGAUUAGUAUUAUGUAUAUUACUUUGUUGUAUUGUUUGUUAUGUUAGAAGUCAACCAGAUGGUGUUUAUAAAACAAAUGAAACAAUAUCAGCAUAUUGUACUGGUAGUCCAUCAAAAUCAGCAGAAUAUUUAAUGCCAGGUUCCGGAAUUUCUCAACAUCAAUUUCAAACGCAAAACAAAGAAUAUUUUUGUUAA